AUGGACUCGGUCAUUGAGACGCAGCGAGCCUGCCACGAAGAGAUUGAGCGGUACGAGCAAGCGCUCGCGGACGUGCUGGUACAGCAACCUAUCGGGCAACGUAACCAGACACGGCGGGACCGUAAGGCGGCUGAGAUCCUCGCUCGCAUCGGCGAGCUGAGACACAACCUUGCUCUUCUGUAUGAAGAUGCGCCGGGACUGCGGCCGACCGAGCUCGCGGCGUUGAGCGCGCCGCCUCCCGGUGAAGGGGUGGACGAGCUGGCCGAGUUCUACACGCGCUUCGAAAAGGUCAAGGACUUCCACCGCAAGAACACGGGUCUGAACGCGCGCGCGCUCAUCGCGUCCAUCGACGACAUGGUCGACUCGGAUGGGCUUCAGGUGAUCGAGGUCGAGGGCGAGGAGGAGCCGGUCAUCAUUGACCUGCUCGACAGCGUCUUCAGCGGCGAGGAGGCAUACGGCCGCCAUCUCGACCUGUACGAGGCGCACGCCCAGUUCCUUAACCUCAAGGGAUCGACUCGGUUGUCGUACAUUGCCUAUCUCGACAUGCUCAAGUCGGGGCGCAUCGAGCGCACUCUUGAUGUGCGGGAAAAGAGCCACCCCGCGUACUUGCAAUACGUGCAGACACUGUAUUCGUACAUGACAUCGUUCUUUGAGCGGGCACUGCCCCUGAUCGACCUCGAGAAGAAGUUGAAGGAGGAGGAAGACGGGUUCGACAAUGCCUGGGCUGCUGGCGAGGUCAAGGGAUGGGAUGAAGGGAAGAAGGUACCUACAUCCCAAGGCGGGAUUUGGUGCCCUUACUGCGCAAAGUCGUACGCCAAGCAGACGGUGUACGAUGCGCACUUGAACUCGGGAAAGCACAAGAAGAAGCAGGCAGCUGGUAUCAAGGUCGAGCAAGGCAAUGAGCCGGCAACGUCUACCGCAGAGUCGGGGAGGGAUAAGCUGCGGCCAGCGGCUCGACUUACGUGGCUCGUGUGUGCGCUCCUCGUCUUCCCGCCAAUCCCCGAGAAGAUUACUGCAUCGCGAGGCGAGGUGGAGCGCCGCGCGGCGCUGACUGCGCGCGAGCGUGAGGCCGAGCUUGAGGACGUCGAGGAGGCACCGCCUGUCGUUCUUCCCCCACCUGGAGAGGAAGAGGAAGACGAGGACGACCCACGCCUGUACAACCCCCUCAACCUCCCGCUCGGAUGGGACGGCAAGCCCAUCCCCUUCUGGCUGUACAAGCUGCACGGUCUCGGUGUCGAGUUCAAGUGCGAGAUCUGCUCUGACCACGUGUACAUGGGCCGCAAGGCGUUUGACCGCCACUUCCAGGAGAGCAGGCACGCGUUUGGUAUGCGCGCUCUCGGGCUACCCAACACGCGCCACUUCCACGAGAUCACCAAGAUCGCGGACGCACUCGCGCUCGCGGAGAAGCUCAAGGCCGAAGGACGCGCUGAGCUGAGUGCCAUGGACAAGGCGGAGGAGUUCGAAGACGACGAUGGAAACGUCUACGAUAAGAAGACGUACGAGGAUCUCAAGCGCCAGGGCUUGUUGUAG